AUGGCCCUGUGUGGAGGAACGGGUCUUUCAGACCUCUCCGACGCAUGCGUCCCUUUGCUCCGUGCAGCCACCGCACCGCUUGCAAACUUCCUGACAGUGCAUGAAGCCGAAGCUCUUGUAUCGGACGAAAAGACCACGGAAGAAGAAGAGUCGCCGAGCGUCCCGCUCUGGCGCACUUUAAUCCUCUCAUCGGUAUCGCUCGUUGAAACCCUUCUGUGGCUUGGAAUUGGCUGCUACAGCCUCGUCGUGAACCAAGAAGAGACAUGGAAUGGUGUGCGCGAUUUCCUCGUUGCAGUUACAUGGUGCUUUGCUGCGCUCCGCCCAGUCGUCGUCCCGCCAGCCACGGCACCCCUCGACCUCGUCUGCCUAUUCUUCAUCCACUUCGUACUCGGAAUCGUCACCUUCUUUGGGUUGCUGUAUGACCAGUAUGUGUAUGAGAUUCCGAUUCCCGGUACUCUGCGCACCACUGUGUACAUCGUCAACCUCGUUGCUGUAGCCGGGCUGCUCCUCCUAGUCAUGAAGAUGCCCUUGAACCUUCCUAGCAGUCAGGUGAAGAAGGAAGACAUUGGCAAGACCGUUUCGCCGGAGGACUACACCUCUGUGUGGGGCUGGCUCUCCUUUACCUGGGUCAUGCCGCUCCUUGAGAGGGGGACGUACAGUACGCUCAACGAGGAGGACGUUUGGGCCCUCAGUCCGACCAUGCAAGCGCGCCCCCUCUACGCCAAGUGGUCGCGCUCCGCGUCCGGCAAGCUCCUCACGCGACUCUUGAAGGCCAACGCGCUCGACCUGACUCUCGACUUCGCCCUGACCUACACUUCUGUGGUGUUCAACUACGCCGGGCCGUUCUUCCUGAAGCGCAUCCUCGACGCGCUCGACGACAAGACGCAUUCUCCAGAGAAGCGCGCGCUCGCGUUCGUGUACGCGUUCCUUGCGUUCAUCAGCUCGCUCUGCAAGGCCGAGACGGACCUGCAGCACCUGUGGUACGGGCGCCGCGCGUGCACGCGCAUCCGGACGGAGCUCAUGUCGUCUAUCUACGACAAGGCCCUGAAGCGCAAAGACUUCUCCGGCAUCGUGGACAAGGACGCGGCCGCGAACAAGAAGGCUAAGGCUCCUGGUGCGAAGGCGGACCCCAAAGCGGACGAACCCAAAGCAGGCGCAGACGUUGGCAAGAUUGUGAACCUCAUGGCAGGCGACGCAAACCGCAUCGCGAUGACGGUCUCAGCGAUGUACUUCGUCUACGGAGCUCCGUUUGAAAUUGUCAUCGCGUCCAUCUUUCUCUAUCAGCUGCUCGGGUGGUCUGCAUUCGCGGGCUUCGUCGUUCUUCUGCUGAGCUGGCCCUUAAACAACUUUGUGGCCAACCGUGCGAUCCGCAUCCAGAAGGGCGUCUCGACUGCGCGCGACAAGCGCAUGGGCGUGCUCAACGAGUUGAUCAGUGCCGUCAAGUUCAUCAAGUUCUUCGCUUGGGAGGACCGCUGGAUCCAGCGCGUGAUGGAAGCCCGUGAGGUCGAGAUGCAGUGGAUGAUCAAGGGACGUGUCAACUCCGUGUGCUUCUCGCUCAUCUGGACAUGCGCGCCCAUCCUCGUCUCCGUCACGGCAUUCUUGGUGUACAUCGCCCAGGGUAACGAAUUGACCAUUGGGACGGCCUUCACGGCCAUUGCACUUUUCCAGAUGAUUCGCGCUCCGCUCAAUGUCAUACCCGCAUGGAUCGUGCAGAUUUUGCAGUCAAAAGUUGCCCUCGACCGUAUUGCUACUUACCUCGACGAAGAUGAGGUCGACGAGCAGGUUUCUACUAUCAAGAAGGGCCGUGUCCCUCCUUCAGCUGAGACUGAGCUCGGCCUUGGCAUCGUCAACGGCUCGUUCAAGUGGAACGAAGUUGAAGACAAGAAGGAAGACAAGGGCAAGGGCAAAGCCAAGGAGCCUUCGAAUGGGGCGAGCAGCGUUUCCGAUGAAACCGCGACCGCUGUCGACGAGACCGAGUCCGUGCUCGCGGCAGCGACCGACCACCGGUUCGAGCUGCGCGACAUCAAUAUCCGCUUCCCUGAGGGCAAGCUCACCGUCGUCACUGGUCCCACCGCGAGCGGGAAGACCGCGCUCCUCAUGGCGCUCCUGGGCGAGCUUACGACGCUCGAGGGCAGGAUUGUCAUGACGAAGAACUCGGCGCUGGUGGACGAAAAUGGCUUUUCCCAUACCAUUUCGUACGCAGGACAGACGCCUUGGUUGCGGCACCAGAGCAUCAAGGACAACAUCAUGUUUGGCUAUCCUUUCGACGAGGAACGGUACAAGGCAGUCGUCGAGUGCUGCGCUUUGACCCCUGACCUAGAAAUGCUGGAAGAUGGAGACGCGACUGAGAUUGGUGCUCGUGGAGUCAGCUUGUCUGGUGGUCAAAAGGCUCGAGUGGCGCUUGCUCGCGCCGUAUAUGCUCGUUCCAAAUAUGUUCUACUAGACGACCCGCUCAGCGCCGUCGACAGCCACACUGCCCGGUUCUUGUUCGAGAAGCUCUUCCGCGGUCCUCUUCUGGCCAACCGUACGGUGAUCCUGGUCACUCAUCAUGUCGAGCUCGUUCUUCCCGGAUCGUACUACCUCAUCCGCAUGCUCGACGGCCGCAUUGACACCCAAGGCACUAUUGCCGAUCUCCGCGCCAGUGGGGUGCUCGAAGACAUCGCACAGGUUGAGGAAAUCGAGGCGCACAAGGAGGAGCAGGCUGUUGAAGCCGUAAAAGAGGAAGAGAACGCCAAUGACGAGAUCGACCGAGAGGCCACCGAAGCAGACGAUGCUGCUCCAGCGAAGGACAAGAAGAAGCCGAGGAAACUGAUCGAGGAAGAGCACCGUGAAACGGGCAGCGUCAAGUGGAGCAUCUACAACACCUACUUGAAGGCUUCAUCUUACUAUACCUGGGCGAUCCUUUUCUUCCUCAUCAUACUAACUCAGAUCCUUGGUGUCGGUGAGAAGUUCUGGAUUAAGACGUGGGGUGAGGCGUAUGGUACUGGAAACAGCACCACCCCGCCAGUCCAUGCCUCGUCGUACUCCUACAGCCCGUUUGCGGAGAACCAACAAGUCCUUGACGACGGACUCUCGCACUUCCACCACACUUCCAUGGCAAACACACCAACCAUAUCGCUGACGGCCACGACCCACUUGCCUUCAGCACAAGAACAUCCGUACUUCUACAUCGGCAUUUACGCGGCUAUUGCGCUCUCCGCUGGUAUUGUCAACAUCACUGGUGUUAUCACGCAAUACACCGGCGCUCUCAGGGCCUCCCGUAUCUUGUUUGAGAAGCUCCUUAACACUGUUGUCCGUGCGACGAUGAGGUGGCAUGACGUCACCCCGCAAGGACGCAUGCUCAACCGCUUCAGCAAGGAUGUCGAGACCGUUGAUUCGUCUUUGGCGUCGACAUUGCAGCAGGUCAACCAAUCUCUGGCGCUUUUUGCGGUGUCUAUGUUGACCGUCAUUGUGGUCUUCCCUGGGUUCAUAAUCCCUGCGGUUUGCCUCGGUUUCUUCUACCGGCGCUGUGCAAUUGCCUACCUCAACACCGGCCGCGACAUUCGUCGUAUGGAGUCGAACACGCGCAGCCCUAUUUUCGCUAACUUCAGCGAGCUCUUGGAGGGCAUCGUGACUGUGCGCGCAUUCUCCGCCGAGGAGCGCUUCCUAAACGACCUGUUCACGAAGGUCGACCUCACGACGCGCAUGUGGUACACGUUCUGGAUGACGAACCGCUGGCUACUCCUCACCUUCGACUUCCUCGGUGCGACGGGUAUCCUGGCCACUACUCUCUUCGCGCUUUCGGGAUAUGUUGACGCAGGAUUGGCGGGUGUAUGUAUCACGUCGGCCAUGUCGUUCACCAUGAGCGUGUACUGGGCUUGCCGCUUCUGGACUGCGCUGGAGCUCGACCUGAAUUCUGUCGAACGUGUGGUCGAGUAUCUCGACCUCCCUCAGGAGCCUUCAGCAGUCAUUGAGUCUAACCGUCCUCCUGCGUACUGGCCGUCAUCCACGAGCUCGAACAAGGACUCCAUGCUUGUAGUGGAUGACCUCGUGAUCAAGUACGCUCCUGACCUCCCGGCCGUACUCCAUGGCAUCUCGUUCUCCUUGAAAGCCAAGGAACGUAUCGGGUUGCUUGGAAGGACAGGUAGUGGGAAAUCCACGCUCGCUAUGAGCAUCCUUCGCUUCGUUGACCCGGCGAGUGGGAAGAUCUUUAUCGACGGUGUCGAUAUCAGCAAGAUCGGGCUUCACGACCUGCGCUCUCGGAUUACCUUCAUCCCUCAGGACGCAACCUUGUUUUCUGGAACGCUGCGUGAAAACUUGGACCCCUUCGAUGAGCACACCGAUGCCGAAUGCCUCGACGUCCUCUCCCGUGUGCAAAUGCUCACCGACUCUCAGCUCGCCUCCCAACGCGCCUCCCGCGAGGCUUCCCGCGAGGCCUCCAUUCACGAAGGCGAAGAGCCCUCCCGCCCGGUCACGCCCGCCUCCGCUUCCACGACGGCGACCGAGACGGAGGGCAAGACGGUGAUCACGCUCGACACCCAGGUCUCGCCCGGGGGCACGAACUUCUCGCAAGGCCAGCGGCAGCUGAUCGCGAUGGCGCGCGCGCUGCUCCGGCGGAGCGCGAUCAUCGUGCUCGACGAGGCGACGAGCAGCAUCGACUUCGCGACGGACGCGAAGAUCCAGGCGACGAUCCGCGAGGAGUUCGGGGACUCGAUGCUGCUCACCGUCGCGCACCGGCUCCGGACGGUGAUCGACUACGACCGGCUGAUCGUGCUCGACAAGGGCGCGCUCGCCGACAUGUGCCUCAAGAGCGGGACGUUCGCCGAGCUCGAGGCCGCGGCGAAGGCGAAGGAGGAGCGGGACGCCGCGCAGGCGCAGCACCUGCGAAGCCGGCCAUGA